CCCUCACUGUCCCAGUGUGUCUGUCCCAUUAACCCUCCCUCACUGUCCCAGUGUAUCUGUCCCUUUAAAUCUCCUCCACGAUGCGGUAGAGUGAGAAAGGAAGCAGGAAGUAGUUUUUUAAGCUCCAUUAUGGCUACAGAUUAUCAGUUGCAAGGAGUAGGAAAAGAACGUUACAACAUGAAUGUGCGGGGAAUAAUUCUGCUUUUGUUAUUAGACUCCUGCCUGCAGCCUGUUCGCGGUUACUUGAGUUCACCUCACGCUGGCCAUGACCCCUCGUAUGGAAGGGACGCUCAGCAGACUCAAGUCCUCUCCACCUCGGCCCCUCCGGCUCCUGCCAGCAGUGGCGAGACCCCAUUAGGUGGCAGUGGACAGGUAAGAGGGACAGACACACCUGCUGACGUCUCCAGCUGUCCGAGUGGAGGGCUGUGUACUAAGCUGCCUGCUGAAUGCAUCACAUGUAAGACCCACACUAACUGCACCUACGGCAGAGAGGCGACCUUCCAGUGCACGGUCAAGCCUGGCGUCCACUGCACGGGGGGGUCCCGACAGCAGCUGACCACCUUCUCCUUGAACAUGACGUGUCGGUUCUGCUGGCAGCUGCCCGCCUCCCUGUACAAGUGCACCAACUCCACCAGCUGCAUGACCGUCGCGUGUCCCCGGAGACGGUACAACGCCACCUGCGCCGUGCUGGAUCACGUGCACUGCUUGGGGGCACGUACUUUUCCUAAAAGAUUAUACUGCAACUGGACAGGAGGCUACAGGUGGUCUACAGCCCUGGCUCUCAGCGUAACCCUGGGAGGCUUUGGCGCAGAUCGUUUCUACCUGGGCCAGUGGCGCGAGGGCCUGGGGAAGCUCUUCAGUUUCGGAGGUCUGGGCAUCUGGACCUUGAUCGAUGUGCUUCUCAUUGGCCUGGGCUACAUAGGCCCAGCUGAUGGCUCCUUGUACAUCUGAGCUGCCGGCCCACAGGAGCAGCGCCUGACUUUUGAAAUCAUGUCCCAGUCUGCUAGUCCUUUAUGUCAUAUAGGCCUUGAGUAGGAGCUGGACCCCGCCAGACCACUUUCGCGGACCCCCCCCCACCUCAAAGGCUUUUUGUGGUUUUCUGCAAUAGCAACAGGCACAUCCUUUCUGUCUCACUUUAGGGGUGAGUGAAAGGAGCUGAUGAAAGCAGUCGGAGAUGAAAGACAAGUGGCCUGCAGAUCGUGCCAUUAUGAGCUGUUGUUUCAGUGUGCUGUUGUGUAAGGUGAAAAUGUUCUUAUGGGUAAAAGCGAGAGAUUUAAUUGGUUUCACUUUGGAGUAUAGACUGUGAGACGUUUGAUACGGGAAGCUCUGUAUGAUAUAAUGUGUCCAUGUUGGUGGACCAUCUCUCCCCUUCAUCUGUUCUAAACAUCUCGGACGUGACAUAGCUGUAAGACCAGAAGUACUGUUAAAACACUGUUCAAGCUGUGCUUGGAUGCUUUUGUGCUUUGAAUUGGGAAAUGUUUGGAAAAUGUCCCGCAAGACCCCCUUUCUUGGGGAAGUAAAUAUCUUGUUCUGUCAUGGAAAGGAGUGUAAAAGGGAUUUAAUUUCAGUUUUGCAACCCCAGGCAAUGUGAAAACUUUUCUGGAAGCGAGAUGGAAUUACCCCUUGAAUGUGGAUUGAUGUUUUCUAUCCUUGGAUUUUUGUAAAGCAAGAUAACACAUGGUAUUUGCUUCUUUUUUCACUGCAUCAUUCUGGAUUUAUUCCCGUGAUAGUCCUUUUGGUACAAUGCUUGCUUAGCUUUUGCCAACGGUGUGGAGGCUGUGAACUGUGGCUUCCUGCUGAAACACCCUCAGUAAGAGAAAAUAAUGACUAUGCAUUGUGGAAUGUCUCGGUCCAGAUUAUUAGGGCCUUUCAAGGCAAAAAUUGAUAAACCACAUAAAUUGAUAACAUGGACGAAUUGAUGAGAUGACAAUGGCAGCCAUUGUCUGGUUUGUAUUUUUUUAAAGAUGUGUAAAUAUAUGAAGACAGUACUGGACAAUGUCUUCUGAAGUAAAACAUGUCUGGGUUUAUGAUGUAAAAUGUUAUUUAAAACUAAUUUGUAUUAUAAUGACUGUAUACAUGUAAAACCUAUAUGACAACAAAAUAUGCAUUUGAAAGAAUAAUAUCACAGAAUAAUCUGGUGGCAAAUUACUAGUGACUGCAUAGUGCUUUUGAGAGUAUUAAAAAUAACAUAGCCCAAGGUAAGAAACUGUGUUACUGCAUAAAAUCUGCACAGCUUGUGAUCUUUUGCUCUUGUAUAUAAAUUAAGAAUAGACAAGUAUUUUUGUUUAUGCUGUAAAUGGCCAACAUAUAAGAGCUUGUUCCUGCAGCACUUCCAGGAGAGGAGAGAAAAAGAGAGAACAUGGUUUUCCAGGAUGUGCUUUCCCUUGUGGGCUCUGCUCUGUUUGCACUGAGCAUCAGACAUUUGGCGAUAGUUAAACUAUCAUUUACUUUUUCCUUUUGUGUUAAGUAUCUCAAAAUAAUUGCAAAAACAAAGAAGACUUGUUCCACUGGU